AUGGUUAAGGCACCAUCAAAAUCGGGUCCUAGUGGAAUAUUCGUGGCUGAAUAUAUGAGCCCCACGAACUAUGGGGUGGGAGUGAUUUCGAUAACGAUAGUUUUGGGGUGGUGCCUUGGAGACCUGUAUAAUUUAUAUGCCAACACGCUAUCUCUCUUGUUGCCUUACACGGACGAAUUAACCGAAUGUGAAACGACGGAAGUUGCUUCAGAAUUCGAUUAUUUUAAGUCAUUAGCUUCCAAACAUUCAUCUAUUCAUAACAAUAAUCUGGAACAACAAGGCUAUUUAACUAGUUUAGAAAAAGAGUUUCUAAGAACACCGAAGCCGAAAUUGUUCGAAUUUAGAUGUCACGGAGUCGUAGGAAGUGGAACAUUUGGGAUGGAAUUCAAAGUCAAACUAAAGAAUUCCACCCACCUUAAAAAUAUGGUUUCCGUCGGGAUUCAAACAGAAAUCAAUGUUCUUAAAGCCAAAAAACAUCCUUUCUUGAUUGGACUUUUUGCAUUUUAUCCCACCUAUAUAAUAGUGAGGGAUAUCACUUCUGGCGGUGAUCUUAGAUCCCUUUUAAAAGAUAUGGAAGACUGGAUCAUUCAUCGUGACAUCAAACCGGAAAGUAUACUUUUAGACCGGAAAGGCCAUGUGAAACUAGGCAACUUUGCAUAUUGA